AUGUUUGGCUAUGCCACCGAUGAGACAGAGGAGGCUAUGCCUCUUACCCUUCAGCUCGCCCACCAGUUGAAUGCGAAGCUUCAUGCUCUGCGCCGCAGUGGAGAACUGGCCUGGGCUCGUCCUGAUUCAAAAUCACAGGUUACCAUUGAAUACAAAUUCGAUGGCGGAGCAUGCGUGCCUGUGCGUGUACACACUGUUGUGCUAUCGGCACAGCACUCACCUUCCAUCACUUUGGAACAGCUUAGAAAGGAAGUUCUUGAGAAGGUCAUCAAGGCUGUUAUCCCAGCCCAUCUUUUAGAUGACAAGACU